AAAUCCAAUUUCAAAUUCAUUAUUCAUUGUUUGAUGAAUAUUGUUUUCGAAAAUAUCCAAUGUCUUCCUAUAUUGAUCAUUACUAAAUCUUCAAGUGCAUUCAAACAUCAUGGACAGUAUAAAAUUAAUCGAUUCAUCAACAAAUAAAUUGAAAAUGUUUAAAGAAAAUAUUUUACAUGAAAUUUCAACAAAAUGGGAUUCUACAUUCAAUGAAAAUAAUGCUCAAAAUAAAUCACCGAAAAUUAUUCAACGAUCGAAAAAAAAUCGUUCCAUAUAUGGACAACCGCAGAUUAAUUUGGAUCCUUCAACAAUAAACAUACGAAAUUCUCAUCAUUGGAAAAGUUUAGAUUCAUUAGAUUUCAGUGAAUCUAAUCAUAGUAAUUAUAGUAAUUCAACAUCAUUAUCCGAUUUACGAACGAUUGAUUGUCAAAAGAAUCAAGAUUGGAUAGUAAGCGAUAUCGGUACCAGUGUUGAAUCAUUUGAAAAUGAACAAGAAUCAAUGUUCAAACGAUGUUCAUCGAUGAAUUCAAGUUCAUCGGGAUGUAGUGUAACCACCGAAAAUCAGGAUGAAUUAUCUAGAGAAGCAAAAUAUUUUAUGAAACAAUUUGUUGAGAAAAUUUUUCUCAAAAGUUCAUCGAUUAGUUUGGAAGAAAAAGCCAAAUUUGGUUAUUAUUCUCGAAUGGAAAAUGGUAGACUUUGGUUUGCUCGAUAUAUCAAUCGAAAACGUAAUGAUAAUAAAUGUGUCCAAGAGUCAACAUUCUAUAGUUUGGCACAAUAUUUUGCCAUCAUAUUAUUUGAAUGUGCUGAAUCUGAUGAUUUUACACCGGCCAAAAUAUUGAUGAACAUGUGUUUUACUUUUUAUCAUUAUCAACUACAAACAACAAUGACCAAUAAUCGACGGUCAAAACAAUCAUCAUCAUCAUCUUCUUCAUUUUCAAUAUCAACAAUGGAAAAUAAUAAACAAUAUCUUUGUACAGUAUUACGUGAUCAACCAAUUUGGAAAUUAAAACGUUUUUGGAAUGCUGCUUUUUUCGAUGCCAUCCAAUGUGAACGAGCAAAUUUUUAUGAAAAUAAUCGCGAUCAACCAAAUCAUAAAUAUUAUGAUUGGCAAUUUCAUGCAAAUUUAACUUUCGGACAAUUAGGUACAUUUACAUAUAAUAUGAAUUCAUUUGGAUUACCUAAAGAAUUUUGUUUAGAAUUUCUACGAAAACAGAGUACGAUUGCUAAUAUAACCAAUGAACAAUUUAAACUUCUUCAAGAUAAUAUCGAAGCAAUGUAUAAUGCUCAAAAAUAACCGACGAUAACCGGCAACCGUUUGAUGCCUUAACAAGUUUUGAAGAAUAUUUUUUAAGGGAAUUUUAAAUGGAUAAAUUUAAUCUA